GACGAGCAGGCACGCAGCUAUACCGUAGUGGUCACAAGAUUCCAGCACACUGCAUCCGACAUCUCCGCUCUUUAAUGCGUUUCGUUGAGCAGCAGAUGGAAACAAAGACAUGACGUUAUGACUGUUCAUCGACUCAGCCAUUCCAAAUCCUUUGUUUUGCCGAUUUAUGUUCUGUUCUAAGUAGAAUAUAGCCUUGAAUGCUGGAAUUUAACUUCGUUUAGACUAUUGCUAUGUUCGAAGUAUGGGGACUCAUUUUCUCUGCGAAUUGGAAAACCUGGAUCUUCUAUAGAACAGGAUAGGAAAUCUUUGCAGAUAAUGAUGUCACGCCCUCUUCCAAGCUCCCCAAUCCGGCCAUGGUUAUAAGUGAGAGAGAGAGAGAGAGAGAGUGUGUGUUGUGAUUGUUUAAUCAAAGAUUGCAGUGGCAAAGUGGAAGAACACUGGAGGUCUGGAAAAGGUCAGCUGUUAGCAAUUUUAUGCCUCAGUUGAGUUGGAUCUCUUGUGUUCUUGGCAAAUUGAUGCCUUUUCUUCCUCCUUUCUCUACUUGUUCUUCAGCAAUUUUAUCAUUAGAUCUUUCUGUUGUCUUUCUUUUCAUAUCAUUGCUCCUAAAUAUUGUUAAUCUUCUUCAUGAGAAGUGAUCUCACAAGAUUGAGAAGACAAUUAGCAUCGGAGAUGUUACUUCAGAUAGUUCUCUGAGCAGCAACAUUCCUGUAUGCCCUGUGUUUCCUGAAUUGUAGUCAGCAAUCUAUCAAUGAAGCAGUAUGCCCCUAACUGGAGUUUGGAAGAUCAAAAGAAACCCAUGGGGCUGGACAGUGAGCUUGUAGAACUGCUGUGGCAAGAUAUGCAUGUCGCCAUGCAUACCCAGAGUAAUCACGGAGCCUCUGCCAUCAAUGAUGAAUCCAAACCAGAACAAGAACCACAAUGCGAGCGGUCACUUGCUAGAUCCGCCGGCCUGAUCCAGGACGACGAAACCGUGUCAUGGUUGCAGUACCCUCUCGACGACCCGCCAGCCAAAGAAUUCUGCUCCGACUUCUUCUCGGAAAUGGCGGGCAUCGGUGUCAUCGGUGUGCCCACUGAGAGCACUGCUUUCACAACAACUUGUCCUCCUAGGCCACCACAGAGUUGUAAGGCUCAGGCUUCUUCGUUUGGUGAUGGAGAUGCAAGCAUCUGCGGAAGUAAUCAGAUCCAUGCACAGGCUGAUCUGAGCAGGGAUUCUGCUGCCGCUGUUGCUAAAGGAAUGCCAUCAGAAACUGAGCAGAAACACGCAUAUGAAACUACUCUUACUUCAUCCUCGGGAGGUUCUGAUUGCAGCAUCAGAAGAAUGAGAAAGCAGAUUUUUGGAAGCAAUCGGAGUCAAAAGAGAAGGAAAAGAGAUGCGGAUGAUCGAGAAUAUCAAAGCGAAGAGGCUGAGAUCGAGUCGAUGGAGGCGACGAAGCUGGCUCAGCGAUCGACGGCUACUCGUAGAAGCCGAGCUGCUGAGGUCCACAACCUCUCCGAGAGGAGAAGAAGAGACAGAAUCAAUGAGAAGAUGAAGGCACUGCAAGAGCUGAUACCUCGUUGCAACAAGACAGACAAAGCAUCAAUGCUGGAUGAGGCUAUUGGAUAUAUGAAGUCACUUCAACUGCAAGUUCAGAUGAUGUGGAUGGGAAGUGCCAUGGCACAAAUGAUGUUCCCAGGUGUCCAACAAUACAUGUCUCAUGCUUCUGUUCCUUGGAUGCAUCAUGCAGUUCAAGUACCAAGUGUGCCAGUUAUACACCACUCCGCAGGCUCAUACACAAACCAUUUAUGCCUUUCUCCAGCCCUGCAUGCAGCCAAUUUCCAGAAUCAGAUGCAGGGCUUCCAUGUCCAAGAAUCAUCAUAUGUCCCCUGCCAUGGCUUUCAUCAUCUUCAACCUCAUUCUCAGGAGACCAAUCCAUGCAGCCAUGGAUCACUCACAGAGCAGCAGAAUCAUCCAGCAGCUAUACCUUGUAGCAGCAUCCUCCCUUGUGCUGGACCAGCUCCUUGUGAAAACACCAAUGACAGCAUAUCUGGGUGAUUGCCAAUGUCAAAUUUCAACUCCAUACUUGGAGAGGACCCUAUGAGCUCUACACAGGCUUGCAAACAUGCUGAUCUUGAUGACCAAAUGGUGGAUGCAGUCAGCUAUGAUGUCCAGGGACAGUGAACCAGGAUGAAGCAGCAAAUGCCUUCUUGGGGGAGGAGAGCAGCAAAUCUUGAGAAUCCCACCCCAGUGUCCUUUAACAAAAUCCCCUCAGCAGCCACCAACUUUUGAAUAGGUCUGCAGACAGACCUAAUUGCACUCUGUUAUCUUCUCUAUUAUUUGAUGUUGGAAGCUUGAAAGAGACUGAUGGCAAUGAUAGGCCCUAUCCAGAGCAUGCCCACUGCUCAUAGCUUCCCUCCCCAAGUCCUUAGUGUACCAAUUAGAUCUCAGAUUUUCGUUUUAUUGUUCUUCUUCUGUCACAAUCCAAUUUUCACUUUGAAACAUAGUGCUGUUUAAUCUUGUUA